AUGUAUUGCAACUACGGGAACUACUACGGUGGCUACGGCUGUGGAUACGGCUCUGGAUACGGCUCCGGCUAUGGCUGUGGAUACGGCUCUGGCUACGGCUGUGGAUAUGGCUCCGGCUAUGGCUGUGGAUACGGCUCCGGAUACGGCUGCAAGAGCUACCGAGGGCUGGGCUACGGCUACGGCUCUGGCUACGGAUGCGGUGGUUACGGAGGACUGGGCUGUGGCUACGGCUACGGCUCUGGCUACGGCUGCUACAGCUACCGCCCAUCCUGCUACAGGAGAUAUUGCUCCUCUUGCUGCUAG